AUGAGCAAGGAAGAGCAGGAGUUCAACGAUUUAUUGAAGCAGUUUCAGGAUUCAGAAAAAUCCGAGCUAGACCAAAAGAGGAAGGAAGUCCUUGGCAACCUCAACAAAAACACGGCCCUCAAUGAUUACCCCAGCAAAUUAUCGAUCAUGACGGCCUUGGAUGAGCUCAUUGCCUGUUUUGCAAUUGGUGGCCAGGUCAAAAACUAUUAUAGAUACGGCUCUUAUGAUUCCUGCGAGAGACAACGCGAAAAGUUUUGGUUUGCGUUGAAACAGGGGUCAAUGUUUGAAGGCAAGGACAAACCGAUCCAGGAGAUGAACCAGAAAGAACUCGAGCAGAGAAUCAAAGUCCAGGAGUUUUUCAAAAAGAGACAUCUAGAGGAUAAAUCCAGGGGAAGCUCAGAAGAUGUAUGGGAUGCACGAAGUGAAUUGAAAGACUAUUCCUUCCGGUAA